AUGGCGCUGCACAUCGCUUCGUCCGUGAGCAAAGCGCUUUUACUAUGCUCUUUUGCGUCAACAGUCCUGUCAGCGCCCGUUGAGAACGGACCAACGGUCACCCUUGCCUCUGGUGUCAUCAUAGGCACCAUGACCAAGCCCUCAAACCAGCCUUCAUUGGCAGCCUCAGCGAACGCCUACUUGGGAGUUCCUUUUGCUAAGUCACCUCCGCUUCGAUUCGCGCCGCCCGAAGCAGCAGUACCUUGGUCCAGUCCUCUUCAGGCCCAAAACGUCAAACCAUCAUGUAUUCAGCAGUUUUCCGGCACUGACGGUGUCCGCGAUAGAACCAUAGAGUACUUCAAUGACCCUACCUUUCCACCACCAGAGGAGAGUGAAGACUGCCUGUAUCUCAAUGUCUAUACACCCCCGGACGUGACAUCUUCAAGCAAGAAGGCUGUCAUGUUUUGGCUCUUUGGAGGUAACUUGGCUUUCGGAACUGGCGGACUAAAGUACUACGACGGAAGCUCUCUAGCAACCAACGAAGAUGUCGUCGUAGUCACUAUCAACUACCGCACGAACAUUUUCGGCUUCUCGAACUCGCCCGAAAUUCCCUUCGGCUCCCAGAACGCUGGCUUCUUGGACCAGAGAUUUGCAUUGCAAUGGGUACAAGACAACAUUGUGCAAUUUGGCGGAGAUCCUUCUCGUGUGAUGAUCUUCGGUGAAUCGGCAGGCGGCGAAUCCGUCAAGCAGUUGCUGGCCAACCCACCCAGCCCACUUCCAUUCUCGUCAGCUAUCCUUGAGUCUCAGAAUGCGGUCCUUCCUGGAAAUGGCCUAGUCAACUACAAGCAGGUAUUGCUGCAUUUCGGCUGCACAGACAUUGCUUGCCUUCGCAAGGUAUCCGCCGAGGACAUCAAAGCAUACAUCGAGCCGAACUCGCUCGCAUUCCCACCUGUCAACAACGAUGGCACAUCUGUUCCCGACGUUAGACUCAGCAUCUCCACCGGGAAGUUCGCCAACGUACCAACGAUGCUAGGGACGAACCUGAACGAAGCACGUGCCUUCCUGGCAGUAGCCGGUGUAACGGACGGUAAAACCGCCGUGAACAACUUCUUCAGCCAGUACAACAUCACAUCUCAAGCCGUUCGUGACUCCAUAAUUGCGGCAUAUGCUGCACAGGGUAUCACAGAUUUCUACGAACUAGCCGAUAGGCUCGGCACAGAUUUAGUCUUCACAUGUACGACCGCCAGGCUAGCGAACUACCUCGCCAUCUCUGGUCGCACAACCUAUCGAUACCAGUUCACACCCGUAUUCCCUUCGGUCGGGAUCUUCCCCAACCCAGGCGCCUACCACACUGCCGAGAUUCCUGAGGUGUUUGGCACAUAUCCACUUUCGAGUCAGUUCGGUACUGCGACGCAGCAGCAGAUUGAACUGAGUGCUUUCAUGCAGAAGACUUGGGCGAACUUUGCGAAGAACCCCGCUGGUGGUGUUGGAUGGCCCAAAGUGGGUAGUACGCUUGGCAAAGAGUUGGGUGUGCUGGGCAAAGACGGAAGUAGUGGUGUGACUGUUCGGCCACUGCUUGAGGCAGACUAUGCUUGCCCACUAUAUGCAGGCGUUGAAGAUCUUCUGGGCUUGUCUUUCAAGUAG